AUGCGUUCCCUCUCAAGCAACUCGUUUCUGCUUUCGAUACUGCUGUUUCACAGCGGCAACCAUGUUUUAGGUGCACCUAGUCCUAAGUCCCGUGCGGAAUGCGCUCCAGCUGUGCGAACUUUUGACUAUGUCAUUGUGGGCGGUGGCACUGCUGGCUUGGUCCUUGCGAAUAGGCUCACUGAGAAUGCUGACAUCGACGUCGCUGUUAUUGAGGCCGGGACGAGUCCAGAGGAUGUGGCAGGAAACUUGACUGAGGUGCCAGGCUACGCUGGCGAGCUGUACGGAAAUGCCGCCCAGCUGGAUUGGGGAUUCUCGACCACGCCCCAGAAGUCUCUUUUGAACCGAACGCUCACGUACUUGCGGGGCAAAACGCUCGGCGGUAGUGGCGUCUUGAACUUCAUGAACUAUGGACAGACCUGCAAAGGUGCUCACCAGAAGUGGGCCGAUGUUGUCGACGACCAGUCUUACACCUACGAAAACAUGUUGCAAUACUACCAUAAGGCCAUGAAGUACUCCCCACCGAAGGCCGGUGCUCGCUCAGCCAAUGCCACCGCCUCGCUCCCCGCAGCGGACGCCGCGAUCAAUGGAACACUGCCUAUUACUUUCGGAGCGUACGUACAGUCUUGGAGCACCUGGGUCGCUUUGGGUCUCGAGGCCAUCGGCAUCCCCCAAGUCUCGGCCUUUGUGGAUGGCAGCAAUCUAGGGUGGGCCUGGAACCUCUAUACCAUCGAAUCGCCAAAGGCUACUCGAUCUACCUCGGAGACUGCCUACCUGCACCCUGUUCUUGGGCGUCCCAAUCUCGCUGUUUUUGACUAUACGUUCGCUCAGCGCAUCAUAUUCGAUGACCAAAAGACUGCCACAGGCGUCGAGGUAACCUCGACAACUACCAACUGCUCAUACACAAUCUCCGCGGACAAGGAGGUCAUUCUCUCGGCAGGCGUUUUCCAGUCACCCCAUCUACUGCAGGUCUCUGGCGUCGGUCCCAAGGCCGUUCUGGAGCGAUACAACAUUAGCGUGGUUGCCGAUCGGCCCGGCGUGGGCCAGAACAUGCAGGACCAGGCCACCACACUCGUCAUGUACCAAGUCGACCUCAUCACCAACACGCGACUGAGCCAAGAUCCCAACUACGCCGCCGCAGUUCUGGAGGAGUACAAGGCCAACCGCAUGGGGCCCUUGACCGCCCCGGGAGGCGACCUCUUCGGACUAGAGAAGAUACCAGAGGAAUUCAGGACCGGAUUCUCGCAAGACACCAAGGCCUACGAACUGCCCGCAGAUUGGCCCGAGAUCGCCUACGCCGUCUACCCGGGCGGCGCCACACAGCCAGAAGCAGGGGCCAACUACGCCAUGAUGCAGGCGUGGUCGAUGGUCCCUCGUUCUGUCGGCUCCGUUACGAUCCAGUCAGCGGACAUGGCCGUGGCGCCUGUCGUCGACCCCAACUUGUUCAGCUCUCAGACGGACGUCGAGGUCGCGAUUGCCGGCCUUAAGCGCAUACGCCAGGCACUCAACAGCUCCGCCAUGGCCCCUAUCCUGAUUGGUGAUGAGCUACUCCCCGGCCCGGAUGUCCAGAACGACGACGAGCUUGCCUCAUUUGUGGCUCAGUCGGGCAGCACCAUCUAUCAUGCCGCGGCGACUAACAAGAUGGGCAAGACCUCAGACCCUGAUGCAGUCGUCGACAACCGGGGACGAGUAAUCGGGGUCCAGAGAUUGAGAGUGAUUGAUGGUUCUGCGUUCCCUUUCCUGCCGCCAGGGCCCUCACCUUAUACACAAGUUUUCAUCUUGGCUGAGAAGCUCGCUAAUGAUAUCAAGAACACUAUCUACUAA